AUGUUCCUGGAGCCGUUCGUGAACCACCUGUUGGGCUUCGACCCAGAGUCUAGCCGCAUGCUGGCGAGCGACUCGUCGGGCGAGUCCUUCCUGGCCAGCUCGGAUGGCACUCACUGGGCGCUGGUGCCCAGCCGCGCGGCCAACGCUUCGUUGAGCCGCGCCAACUUCGUUCCCAGCCUGAUCGUGCCCGCGCUGACGCGCUCCGACAUCCUCUCCAAGGACCUCAUCAUCGGCGAUUGGAAAGCCACCUACGACGGUCUUGUGUACAAAGACGCCGAGGCACCGGCCGCCAUCUGGAAAGGUUGCUGCACAGGAACGGAGUAGCCGCAACACCGGCUAACCACGGCGUCUACUCACUGAAAACGUUUUUUCGUUCGAAAACAAUUGCCUUACCGGACAAAAGGAACAAAGAAAAAAAAGAAAAGAAGAAACGCUGUGAAUUACAUUAACCGCGUGGUUAUAUACUGGCAGGAGCUCACAAUGCACGUCAAGUCGUGUAGGUCGCGUCGUUGUUACGCACUACUUAACGUCGCUGAGAUACCGUUGUUCUUCGCAACAUGCUAUAAGUGAAUUCCAUGUUUUGUAGCAAAGUUUCAUUGUUCGAACUUAGCAUUCCGAGACCAAGGUUAUGAACGGCAGUGUGUCACCGCUGUGUAACUUGCAAAACAGCCAUCGUUCGGCAGCGUCAGGCUCAACUUAUUCAACAAUCAAACUCAGAACUACCGAUAUACACGUUAAGGUUAGUGGUGCAAUGCUUACUAGGAAAUUGGUUGCAGUGUCAAUCCAUAAAAAGUGCUUCCGCAGAAAUAGACGACCACCUGGUUGCUGGAAAGUGUGGAUUGUAUGUGUGUGCUACAGAAGGCCAGCUUCAGGAUAACGCGCAGCUGUCUCAUUUGGCUUCAUUUAAUAACGCAUAGUGGGGAGCUAUCGAUAUCACGACGUCGCCAGCUCUCUCGCAAUUUCUCCAAAAGAAAAAACAAGGUAUCAAUAAAAA